AUGGCCUAUCAGUGCAUUUACCUGGUGAGCUGUUCACGGCCAAAUAACGCCAACGCAGUGCAAACGCUUGGGAAAUUCCUCACCUGUUUCAUGAAGGAGCAUGAGGUGAUGGCCAAGCGUGUUCUGCGGUAUCUGCAAGAAGGACACCAGAUGCUGGCACAAUUGCGAGACCAGUUGAUCAUGGUGCCAGAAUUGAGUGAAUUGCACCCAGAAUGUGACAUCGAUCAGGCCGAUGUGGGAGUUCCAGGUGAGACCUCCCCCGAAGAUGAAUCCAGGAUGCGUGCGAUCCUGAAGCGCCAUCGGAAGAUUUUCCUGGGUGACGAAAAUGCUGCACCAGCUCCCGCUAGGGGAGUGGGAUGUGAUCUCGAUGUAGGAGAUGCCAAGUACAUCGCGUUGCGCCCAAGGUCGAUUGAACCCCACGUUGCAGUCAAGGUAUUUGAACUCCUUAAGAAGUUGCUCGAGAUCAAUCUGAUUGACAUUCAGAAUCGCAAUGGGCAUCUCCAAUGGAUGUGUAUUAACAAUCGACAUGUGAACAACUUCAUUUAUCUGUCCAGUAACCCGUUACGUCUCAUCGAUGACUUGUUAGUCGGUUUUGAGAAGGCGCUCUGGCUCAUGAGCCUGGAUAUGUCCAGUGGUGUUUUGGGAAUCAGGAUGACUUAG